CAGGUGCAUCUUUAUAAACUAUUAUUAAAACAUUUAUUUAGUCAAUUUUAAAAGACAGUGAUUUGUUACUAGUGUUUAUUUAUGUUCAUUUUGAUGAUUAUGGCUUCAGCUAAUGAAAACCCAAAAUUCAGCAGAUCAGAAAACGUAAUUAGCUAUUGCAUAAGACAAAUACAGAAUUAUUUUGUAACAUAGAAAUGUUAUGUUAUGGCCCACACAGGUCAUUGACAGCCGCCCACCAAAGAGGGUAAGCCACAAAAGGUCAUUGCUAAAGACAUGGGCCAUAAAAUGGAUUUUCUCUUUGUUUUUGUUUUUUUUUUAAGUGUAUUUUUUUUUAUCUCUAGCAAACACAGCUGGGUAGUGAAUUAUGGAUUUCCACUGCAGGAUUUCACAAAAUACAUUUUUAACACGCUUUAAAACGAAGAAUGAAAACUCUGAAAUCUACUAUGUUUUUUUAUUUUAUUUUUUUAUUUGGGUUGAUGACAUCACAAGAGUCGCAAGAAUCAAGUUGAUCAGCUUCCAAGUGUUUUAUUGUUGCCAAUUUUCUCUGAAAUGACGACAGAGUUCCUGCAUAGGGCUCAAAACAUUUACAGCAGCAUUCAAGAACAAACAUUUCAAGGAGGAAUUUGAUUAAAAUCGUGAAUAAAGAGGAAAAAACAUCAAGAUAAGUACAAAUCAGUUACCUUGUGCUCACUGAAGCUUGCUUAUAUUAGCUUGAUUUACUAACAAUUUACAACAAUAUAGAACAAGUAGGGGGAAAAAAAACAGCAUGACGUGUUCUAAAUGUGACCAACAAUAUCUAAAGCAUUUUUGACAGUCUGGCUGGCAACUUUAACAAAAGUUCUGGUAAACAGUGAAGAAUCAACACAAAUCGGCGCCUUCAUUUUAAAUAAACUGGUUGUGAGAAUUGCGACAUUCAAUGAUGAUGGUACGAUAGCUUCUGAUCCAUGCUCCAAUGUAGAAGGUGGCCGUAAUGCAUCUAAAACGUGUUUGCCAACCGCCAUAAAAAGAGAAGAAGACGAAUUACGACAUUCUACGAAGCACCUGAAUGCAGCCCUCUAGCCCCGCCCCUUCUCGCAGACAUGCCUGUUCUAGUGUCGCAUUUUAGUGUCCUCUUUUUAUAUUUCCAUCAAACGGGGACUUUUAUUUGGAAUUAACAGUUGAACAAACCCUGAGACAUAACCAGGCUCUAUUUGAGCAUCUGGACUCAGUUAAAGAUGUCGUCCAUGUGGCAGCAGGAGCCAUCCGGUUAUUCCCCCUGUGUGGAGAUCGACUCCAGCUCCGUCAGGUCCAAGGACCGGCUCGGCUCUUCGAGCUGGCUCAAGCAAGAGCAGGAUGAGCUCCGGAUAAUCAAGUGGGAGAACUUCCAAGGUGGAGCCUCCUCUGACGCCGUCCAGGACAACACUCCCAGCAGCGCCAUGUCUGCAGCUUCAACAUUCGAGGGCUUGCCCCCGAGAGUGCUGCUGACCAUCACAAAGCUGCAGUGCAUGCUGGAGAGCAAACAGGAGCGCAUCGCUGCGCUGGAGCGACAGGUGGAGGACCUGAUGCAGGACCGCAAGUUUCUGCGCAGUCAGAUUGAAAACCUCACAACCAAUCGCUCCAUGCCGUCGUUUGCUGCACCCAGCUCAGCAGCUGAGGCUCCUAAAUCAAGCAAAGUGCAACAUUCAGAAAACAAAUCUCGAAAGAGAGAAAGAGCUUCUUCUUCUUCUUCGGCCAGCAGCGACAGCGGCUCAGAGGUGUCCGACUCUUCGGAAAUAUCGGCGGCUUCAAGUGAGCACCGACGGAAAAAACACCACAAGGACAAGAAAAAAUCAAAGAAAGGGAAGGACUACAGUAGGAAGAGAGCCACUGGGGUCCUGUACGUCAUUAACCGCUACAAACAGGUCCUCUCGGCCUUCAUCAAGAAAAAAAGCAUGAGCGAGGCCUUCCGUCACCACGGCAUCGACAGGAACACCAUUGCCAACACGGCAUCCAUCGCCGAGCUGCACCUUGCCGGGAAGGAAAUGGUGCCCCUGGUGGGCCAGUUUCGCCAAGGAGAUGAGACUCUGGUUAAUUAUGCUCAGAGGUGCACCUUGGUCAUCGACAGCGACCCCGAACUGUCCAGAAAAAUCGACCUGAUGAAGGCGAACGGCCAGCUGUUGCCCAUAUCAGGGAAGAGGUCCAGGGUGUUGCAUUCUCACAUGCAACCACUGCGGGAUGCUACAGAGAGCAUCUUAAUAGGCUGAUGAUUCAAAUGCUUUCAGAGGAGGUGGAUAAAGGUUUUCUUUCUGUUAAAGCUGCUGUUUUAUGUCGCACAUCCUUUAAAGAUGCUUUUUUUUUUAUGUCUCACUGCGAUUUGAUUCUUAUUUUUUCUGGGAAAAAUGUAGCAAUUUCACUCAUGGAAGUUUUUGUCUCUGUAGUAAAACAAAUAUCCAGCAGAUGGCAGCGUGCACAUGUUAUUUAUUACUGAUAAAUCGCUUGUCAUCUAUUUCAAAAUGGUGGACUUUCAGGUUCCUUUUUUUCAGGAUUUCACUUUUAUUGAAGAUGUUUUAAUUGUUUGUUUGUUACACUUAUCUGAUUUCUCUUGUGAUCAAGAACAACUGAAAUCAGUUUAAAAGGAAAUUUGUUUCUUCUUUAUAUUCAAGAUGAUUUGGAUGAGAGUCUGUGACAGAAAAAUAUAUUUAUUAAAUUAUAAUAUGCAUUGUGAUGAGGUUCGGUUUUCGUAAUGAAAGUACCUUUUGAAAAUAACGACUUUUAAGUACGUAUUAAACAUACUUUUCAUUACACCUACGUUUCUGUACAAAAAAUGUUUUUUAUUGGUCUGAUGUAAUAUUCUGAUCAUAAAUGUUCUGUUUUCAUUAGCAUAAAUGGAAAAUCAUAAAUAAAGGGUUGAAAACACCA